AUGAAUUAUUUUUAUGGACAGAAUAUACAGAUUCUUUUGUUAUUUAGAGCAGACAGAGAGACAAAGCAUCUGGAAUAUGCAAGAACCAAAAACACCCAAAGAGUCACUUCCAUAAUAACCCGAUAUAACCCGAAUUACUCCUUGCUUUCCUCUAUUCAUAUUUACCAUCCAUGCGGCAGACCAGACUAUUCAGAAUGCACUAGUAAGAGCACAUAUAUUCGCAAGAAACCACAGAACAUGCAUAUAAUGAGUAUAUUUUCAUCUGAAAUCACUAUAUUAUAUACUACUUAUAACUAUCCAUAUACUACUACUCAAUGA